CUGCGACAGCCUGCCUUCAAGCCGACCAUGAAGACCCUGAUCAUCCUGAGCGUGGUGCUGGCCGUGGCUGUGGCGAAGCCCGGUUACCUGGGGGCUGGACUGCUGGGUGCUGGUCUGGCAGCCCCGGCCAUCGCCGCCCCCGCCGCCAUCGCCGCCCCAGUCGCUGUCGCCGCUCCCGCCGCCAUCGCCGCCGCCCCCGCCUACGCGGUCGGUCCCCCCGCGCUGAUCGGCGGCAUCGCCCCCUCGAUCGCCGCCCUCGGUCCAGUGGUGGCUGGAGCCCCUGGAGCCCUGGCUGCCGCCGCCCACCUGCACGCCAAGGCUGCCCUGCUGGGCUGAACUCGACAACACCGUCCUCUGCUGUCCACCGACUGACAGUCUCUAUGUCCAAUUGGAGGCAACAACACUGAGGCUGCAGACAAUGAUGUAUAUAGAUAUUUAUCAAUAAAUAUGCAAAUUUACACUUCA